AUGUCGUCAGAUUGGGAAGAACUACGAACCGAAACAGGUGAGGUUUAUUAUUAUAAUUACAAAACUAAUGAAACCAGUUGGACUCUUCCUGAGACAACCAAGACUUUACCCAAUGAAAAACAGGAAACUACAUCCAGUAGAGGCAAAUGGGAAGAAUAUACUACAGAUGAUGGGAAAAAGUAUUACUAUAAUGAAUCCACUGGAGAAACAACAUGGGAAAAACCAAGUGAGAUGUUAGAGGGCGAAACAAAUGACAAGGUAGAUGAGACUGAACUUAGUGAAUUAGAUAAAGAAUUAAAAUCAAAACCCGUUGAACUGGCAGGAAUAACAAGUUUUAAACCUGAUAAUGAAGCUAAAGAAUCAUUUUUGAAACUAUUAUCAGACAACAAAGUAGAUUCUACUUGGUCAUUUCAAGCUGUAAUGGAGAAUUUGGUGGAUAAACCAGAGUAUUGGUCGGUCAAAGAUCCAGUAACUAGAAAACAACUUUAUGAAGAGUAUUUGGUAUCGAAAUUUCAAAGUGAAUUAUCGAAUAAAUCAUUAUUAUUAGAAAAUUUCAAACGUAAUUUCAAAGAAGAAUUAAGAAAAUUAGAAGAAAAAGGGUUAAUGUGCUAUAAUACUCGAUGGAUUACUAUUAAGAAAUUAUGGAUUGAUCAAGAUAAUCCAAUUUUCAAACAUUCAAUGAUGCUGGAUUCUGAAUUGGCAGCAAUAUUUUAUGAAUAUACUGAUAAAUUAAAGUUACAACACGAGAAAAAUUUACAAACAAAGAAAAACCAAGCCUUGAUUGAAUUAUCUACAUAUUUAAGACAAGUUAAUUCAUCAUUAGUGGAAAAUUCUACCACUUGGGAAGUACUUUAUGAAAAUUUGAUUAAUGAUUCUCGAUUUCAAAGUAAUAAAAAUUUCCAAAAUUUAACCAAAUUAAAUAUCUUACAAUUAUAUGAGAAUGAAAUUUUCCCGGGUAUAAUUGAUGAUAUUAAAUCACAAAUAACUGAUAUAUCGAAAAUAAAUUAUCGUAAUGACCGCAAGGCACGCGAGGGUUAUAAAAAAUUGUUAACUGAAUUAGAAAUUGAAGCUGAUACUGAAUUUAAAGAUAUUAUUGAAAAAAUUGAGAAUAAUGAUGCCUUUAUUGAGAUUUGUGGAAGAAAUGGGUCUAGUGCAUUAGAAUUAUUCUGGGAUAUUGUAGAUGAAAAGAAACAAAUUUUAAAAGUUAAAAAGAAUUUAGUUGAUGCUGUGAUAGCCACUAUGAAGAAGAAUGAUAACAUUUAUAAUGAAAAGAUGUGGGAAUCGGCCAAAGCAUUUUCUGAUGCCUUGAAAUCAGUAGGGGAUGAAAGAUUAGCCAAUCUUGAUUUAACAACAACUGGUAAUGGGAAAGAAAUAACAAUGAUAUAUACAAUGUUGAAACAAGAAUUUGAAUUGAAGAAACAACAAGAACGGGAAAAAUAUCUUAAAAAAUUGGAUGAAGAUAUACAAAAAUUUGCUCGUUGGAUAUAUGAUAAUGAUAGGGAUUUAGGAGAAAACUUUUUACGUAUGGAAGGGACAAAAUUUGUCAUUUCUACUAGAGUGAACUAUGAAGAUGAAUAUAAAAAAUUACUGAAAUUUGAUGAAUUUAAACCCUUACUACAAUAUGAAACAGAAUUAUCAACAACAAGACUUACGAAAAAAAUUAUUGAAGAAUUUGUUUCUGAAUAUAAUAAACGUAUUGCGAGGAAAAGACAAUCAAGUAUAUCUUCUUCUGGUGUUGAAGGUAAACCGGAAAAGAAAUUGAAAACUGGUAUAGCCACUGUAUUAAACUACUAA